CGAUGGCAGGCGAAGAAGAAGAUAUCAACAUGACAAACAACCGUCCUCCAUCCACCGAAAGAGUCCACGACCACAACCCGUUCGUUGCGUUCCGCCGUUAUGCUGACGAACAGAUCUCGUCCAUGCUGCAGUCUAUAAUGGGUCUUCCAUCUUCGAUCUCCGCUCCUCAUUCAAAUCAUUGGGCUAUCUUCGCCGAAGAAAAGAAUUAUAGAGAGCCCAACUACCGCCAGCGACAGACUGGCGAAGGCAAGGAAGGGGAAUAUCCCGCGAGCUCUGGGACAGGCGCCUCUGGCAACACAGACAACAUAGGCCAGGACGACAAGCCACCUGCGAGCUCUCGGUGGCCGCGGUCUGAUGAUCCUCGGCAUUCGCAUCACCAUGGACGAUUCGACAGACCCUCCGAUUUCUUCAGCCUUGACUCCUUCUUCGACUCUUUCUUCGAUCGAUUCUGGUUCGAUGAUCACUUCUCCUCGCGCUUCUUUCAUCCCUUCCAUCAGCCAUUCUUCUUCAACAUGCUGAACGACGACUCCGCAACUUGGCCCCUGGCAUACUUGAUGUUCAGUCCAUACUCGCCACUGCAUUUGGAGCGUCAGGCAUCCUAUCGAGCACACAGAGAGCGAGGAGUAUUCUCUUCACUCAUGUCGUCCUUGAAGCCUACUUCUGAACGCGACCCUGCCGAGCCGCAGUGGCGCGAGGCCUUUGAGGAUCUUCUUCGACUCGAGAACGGAAAACCGAUGCUGGACCGCGAACCCAGUACGACAUUGGUCAAGAAGGAAUCCGGGACCGAAUGGCUGAAAGGCCUGGUGCAACGCGGCAGCCUUGGCGAUCGGUGGAAGUAUGUUUCAGGGCCGGACGGCCAGGGUUGGUCGGGGAUCACGCUUGAGAGUAUCGAGCCGACAGACAAGGAUCGCUCUCGGUCCGAUGAAGGUGGAACACAGCAAACAGAGGCUGAGGCCAGCUGGAAAGAUACAAAGUUCGCACCCGAUACAGAACUGGACAUGUACGACCAAUUCCUUGCAGAUAUCGAAGCGCGCGAGCGCGAGUUCUUUACAGGAGUUUACGAGAGUCCCCUUCUGCGGUCUCUCUUGGAGGAGAGACGACGGCUGAAGGAAGAAAUCGAGCCGUUUGAGAAAGAGGGCCCGAGCAAAAAUACCGAUUCUUGGAUAGACCUCGUUUCUGAUGGCGACAAGAACACCACACGUCCAACGAGCACAGCCACAGGGCAACAGCCAUACGUAGUUUCCACCCGGACAACGACAGAGCGUGUUCGUCUUCCUGAUGGUUCGAUACAGACCAAGACGGUGAAGACCAAGCGGUUCGCGGAUGGCCGGGAAGAAACAAAUGAAUCGGUUGAAGUCAUGAAUCCACCUCAAAAACCUCAAGAUUCGGUUGCUGGUCAGGAGGCUCUUGAGAAUCAAAAGAAGAGAGGCUGGUUUUGGAGAGACUGAGAUUAAGAGCAUCAUACUACUAUUCUUCCGGGGCGAUUUCAUCUCUUCUGUCUUAUUAUUCGCAUUGGAUUUAGCGCUUGCUGGCGUUUUCUUGUUUUGUGUCAUUCUUUCUCGUGUUCUUUCUGCAAUAAGCUCAGGAUUUGAACAUAUCAUACUACAGUUACUAUCCUCUGGUGUUGGGCGCCGCAUACGUGGAUGAAAUUGGCGCCGGAUUAUUGCAUCAUAAUCAAAAUUCUUCUCCCAGAUAUUAAGUGAAAGUAUAUAGCUAUAUUGAGAGGACCCAGAUUGCCAAACCAAAUCA